AUGAGUGUCCCAGAAGCUGGUCAGUGGGACACGUUUGCUGCUAAAAGGUUGUUGGCUCCCGGACCUGCUGUGGGGCCGGGCCCACAAGGAGGCUCGCUGCAGCGUGCUGUGCGGCUGGAUCCAGCUCCGAACAGGCUUCGCUUGGUGCCCGAGAGGCUGGAAAGGAGCUUGCUGGAUCGCUACAAGUGCCGCCGACGGCAACACCACAUCAACAAAGCGGCCGCCCAGUUGUGGGCGCAGGGGGUCGAGUUCCAGCGGGCAUUGAAAAUCGUACAGGAGGCUUUCGAUGAGGCAACGUACGAGUGA